AUGUUUCAACCUCGCCUGCGAUCGCUCGCUCCGGCGAGGCAGAAUUAUAUCGCAGCUUCGAAUCCCCAACUCCCGAGGCGACAGAAUGUUUCCAGGGCGUGUAUCAGAUGCCAGUCAAAGAAAACUAAAUGUUUCGGCGGUAUCCCUUGCCAACGAUGUAUCCAGACCAAGACCCCAUGCGUGGUCGACGAAGACAGUGACGAACGCCGAAAGAUUCUAAUCAAGCGUCGGUUAAGCUCCCUGGAGAAGGAUCGAGAACUCCUCAUACAACUGAUGGAGGCCCUUCGCGAAGAAGACAGGCUUCACAUCUCCGUAACUAUGAACCUGAUCCGCAGCGAUGCCACCAUUGACGACCUUCGAUCGUUCAUGACCGACCAAGACGAGCGCGAAGUCUCAAAAGAGCAUUCACCGUGUGCCGAAAAGUCCGAGACCGAUGUCCAAACCGCGCCGUUUCUUACUCCUAGCGCUCGUCAAUACCUAAUGAAUAUCCAACGAUUAACAGAUAUUCCAGUCCACCGUGUUCCUGCUCACCCGUGGACUUCAGUCACCAAUGACAACGACUUUGUAUCUCAUCUGAUUUCUCUUUACUUUCUCCUGGAGCACCAAGCUCUGAACUGGAUUGACCAGGAUCUUUUUCUCGAGGCUAUGAAGUCGGGCAAACUGGAGUCGGAAUUCUGCUCUCCGCUCCUGGUCAAUUCUAUACUUUCUGUCGCAUGCUGGAUCUCAAACUGGCCCGAGGCAAUGGCAACAGAAGGUGACCCUACUUCCAAGGGUCUGCAUUUUUAUAAUGAGGCCAGGGAUCUCCUUAGCCAGCAAGAAGGUAGAGUGAGCUUAACUAGCGUCCAAGGCCUCGCAGCCCUGUACACAAGUUCCUGCAUGAUGGGCAAGGACCGACUCGGUUGGAAAUAUCUAGUCGAAAUUGGCGACAGCACGCGCCAAAUCCUUGCGAGACGGUCGCAUCUCAUUGCGAAAGCCGAACACCGACAGGAAAUGAGACGAGCGCUUGAUACGGCGGUUCUCGGCUUGUUCAGCCUCACCUCAACUGCUACCUUGAUGCUCCAACAGCCGCUGGUAAUGAAGAAACCUGAUUUGGGUCCCUUUCUUCCAGACCACAAACACGAUGAUACAUGGAUGCCGUAUCCUCUGAUUGCAGAUCCUGUCCGCGGACAAAUGAACUGCGUUAAGCAAGCGUCUUUUGAUCUCCAAUCGAUUAUAUUCAAUAUCCCCGCCUAUUUCUUUAAGGAGCACGGGCCGUCUCACUAUCCCGAUGUUGAAAAUACGGUGGAUAGUUUCUAUCGAGACCUCAGGCAAUGGUCUCUACACAUCCCAGAAUGCAUCACCCUUGAAUGCGAGAGUACGCCCGACGUGAUGGAUAUGCACAUGAAGUACCACGCGGCUAACGCGACGAUAUUUGGGUUUAUCAAACACCUGCCCGACGAAGAAAUGCCGAUGAUAUCUAUUGAUCACGCACGGUAUCUUCGCCAUUCUGCUGCACAACACAUCCGUGACAUCCUCAGUUCUCACCGUUCUCGAUGGUCCACAAAUUUGAUGCCGUUAAACUACGCGCAAUACGCCAACCUGGCUCUAUUCAUUCUUCUGGAGGGGCUCGAUGAUGACAAGAGUGCCGAAGCAUUCGUAGAUCUCUGUAUCAUCCUCUGUGCCCUCUCCCGACGAUGGUUGCUGGCUAAAGGGAUGCUGCGUCUUGUUCAACUUACCGCGCAGCUGAAAGGCAUUGCGCUUCCUCCCGAGACAAGCGGUCUUUUUCAUGAAUUCACAUCCCAGACGUGGAAACUGCACGAGCGUAAACGAUUCAGCAGUUUAUAUCCCAAUGUCGCGAUCACCGUUCUAGGAGAGAAGAAUCUCGGUGAGGCAGAGCUGGACCUCUUUCUCGCCCGGUGGGAUGAUCUAGAUCUAUCAAAAGACAUGGAAGAUGGAGAAGAGUAUAAAGAGGAUGAUACAAAAUUAUAG